AGUCUUUUUUAUUACAAAACGUUGCUUUUGGAUUUAAAUGCACUGGAUUGAGGAUGAGAGGCGUUAACCAUAAAGUUGUGUUGCUGUCCUUUUUGCUGUUGUAUGUAAAUCCGUGCGUGACAGAGCGAGCUAAGAGGGAACACUCGUUGGACCUGCGUGAGAGAGAUGACCGAGGGGAUGUGAACCAUAAGGUUACUCCAGAAGAAAGCCAGCAAACAUUAAUAAAACAUGAACAAGAAGAUGGACACGAUUCAAUCGACCCACAAAAGGAAGGACAGUCUGUCAGCAAGUCCAAUGCCAGUGAUCACAACAACGAGACCCUCCACUCUACAACACCUGCUGCCAAGCCGACGACUCUGGCACCUCCAACUGUCAAGCCCAUUCUGCCCGUGCAGACAGGGGUCAAGGCCCAAGAAGAAGAGCAGUCCAGCGGGUUGACUAUAUUCUUCAGCCUGCUGGUUAUUGGUAUCUGCAUCGUAUUGGUGCACCUGCUUUUCAAGUUCAAACUGCAUUUUCUUCCAGAGAGUGUGGCUGUUGUCUCCCUAGGGAUUCUAAUGGGAGGCAUCAUUAAGAUCAUUGAGUUCCAGGAGCUGGCCAACUGGAAGGAGGAGGAAAUGUUCCGACCCAACAUGUUCUUCCUUUUGCUCCUGCCGCCCAUCAUCUUUGAAUCCGGAUACUCUUUACAUAAGGGUAACUUCUUCCAGAACAUUGGCUCCAUUUGUCUCUUUGCUGUGAUCGGCACAGCUAUCUCCGCCUUCAUAGUCGGAGGAGGUAUCUAUUUCCUUGGACAGGCUGAUGUGAUCUAUAAGAUGUCAAUGACUGAUAGCUUUGCCUUUGGCUCACUGAUCUCAGCUGUGGACCCCGUAGCUACCAUCGCCAUCUUUAAUGCCCUGAACGUAGACCCGGUCCUCAACAUGCUGGUGUUCGGUGAGAGCAUCCUCAAUGACGCAGUUUCCAUUGUCCUCACGAACACGGCAGAGGGCUGCUUUUCCCGCUCAGACAACUCCACGGUGACCGGCUGGGAGACCUUUUUGCAAGCCUUGGGUUAUUUCCUUAAAAUGUUUUUUGGUUCUGCUGCGUUAGGAACCCUCACUGGACUCAUCUCGGCUCUUUUUCUAAAACACUUUGAUCUGAGGAAGACUCCUUCACUGGAGUUUGGUAUGAUGAUCAUCUUUGCGUACCUUCCCUAUGGCCUGGCAGAAGGAAUAAAACUGUCUGGAAUAAUGUCCAUCCUGUUUGCGGGAAUUGUGAUGUCUCACUACACCCAUCACAACUUGUCUCCUGUCACCCAGAUCCUCAUGCAGCAGACACUGCGCACAAUGGCCUUCAUGUGUGAGACGUGUGUGUUUGCCUUCCUUGGCCUAUCCAUCUUCAGCUUCCCUCAUAAAUUAGAAGUGUCCUUCGUCAUCUGGUGCAUCGUCCUGGUUCUUCUCGGCCGAGCGAUAAACAUCUUCCCGCUGUCCUUCCUGCUCAACUUCUUCAGAGACCACAAGAUCACACCCAAAAUGAUGUUCAUAAUGUGGUUUAGUGGUUUGCGAGGUGCUAUCCCUUACGCGUUAAGCCUUCACCUGGGCCUGGAGCCGAUUGAGAAACGGCAGCUAAUUGGCACCACCACCAUCAUCAUCGUUCUCUUCACCAUCCUCCUCAUGGGGGGCGGGACCAUGCCGCUCAUUCGCAUCAUGGACAUCGAGGAAAGCCAGUCGCGGCGUAAAAACAAGAAAGACAUCAAUCUCAGCAAAACACAGAAAAUGGGUAAUACCAUUGAAUCAGAGCACCUGUCAGAACUGACAGAGGAGGAGUACGAGGCACAUAUCUACCAGAGACGAGAUCUGAAGGGCUUUAUGUGGCUUGAUGCUAAAUACCUUAACCCCUUCUUCACUCGCAGGCUCACCCAAGAGGACUUGUUACACGGCCGGAUCCAGAUGAAGACUUUGACCAACAAGUGGUACGAGGAAGUUCGCCAGGGACCUUCAGGCUCUGAGGAUGAAGAGGAUGAAGCAGAACUCCUCUGAACUAAAAACAUAUUUUCAGUUUGUGCGUGCGUACAUGGAUGUGCAUUUUUAGUGCACACUGGUUCUGGAAUGUGUCGAAUCACAUCGCCGUAAAACUGGAUUUGAAAAUUGUAACACUGGAAGCAAGAAAAGAAGAAAAGACACAACUGUGAAAUUAUAUUUCUCAUAUAAAUGCCAUAUUGUUUCUUGCAAAAAGAAACACGGGAAGUUUUGUUCAUCCUGAUAAUCCUUUCCCAGAUGUUUCAUAGCGGUUCAGGUCUGAAGGGAAGCCUAGAGGGACGUUUUCUAUGUAAAGCAAUACUAGAGCACCUUUUUCUCUCCACUUUUAUAUUGCUCUUCUCUAUAUGGUAAUAGUUUAUUCAAGGUCUGCUGAACAUUUUUCUUUUUGUCAGAGGAAGGAUGCAACAUGCCCAUUUUUAAAAGUGGGAUUUGUAAUAAGUCACCGGUUGCUGCUUUGAGUAGCUUCAUGUUGAACUAGAUUUAAUUAUCUCCCGGUUUCUACAUUUGUAUGCAUUAAUGAUUCUGACUUAACACAUAUUCAUACAUAUGUAAUGAAGAUAAAAUAAAUACCAGAAGUGACACACAAGCUGCCUUCCAGCAAUGACGCAAAUAAAGAGAAAUGCAGGAGAGUGUUGAAACCGAUGAAACCAAUCAUUUUUCAGAACAUUAAUCACUUUGCUUACAGAAGAAUACUUAUGCUCCAAAAGAAGUUGGAAAUGUCUUUUUAUUUACAAUCAUGGAUCCAGUUUGGUUUGCCUAAAUGAACUUUUCUGUGUUUAUUUUCCGUCUCUGUCGAGGCUCAUGCCACUACUUUGUGUCUAAAAUAGAACUUGAAAUGUUGCUUUUGUGAUUUUUCACUAUGGAUUCCUGAUGAAGAUGGGCACCGAUGAAUGUUUGGGUAACUGGGAAUAAUGUCUUGUGAAUGUUUUUUCUAUUUAUUUAUCAAAUAUUUAUGUGUCUAUGGGAUAAAAGCUUUUAUACAAGCUCUAUGAGCGCUGCAGAAUUAAUAGAAAAAAUCUAGAAUAAAAAUAUUGACAUCCUA